AUGUUUGGCGGCCACGGGGCUCUGCCUGCAGACCGAGCUCUGCACGGCUCGCCACCCAAGACGGGGCUCAGCUGCAAGAUGGUCCUCCAGGCUGUGGGCUGGGCCCUCAGGAAGUCUAAAGCCAAGCCGAACGGGAAGAAGCCGGCCCCAGAGGAAAAGAAGGUUUACCUGGAACCCGAGUACACCAAGUCCAGGAUCACUGACUUCGAGCUCAAAGAGCUGGUGGCGUUGCCCCGGGAGAUCGACCUCAACGAGUGGCUGGCCAGCAACACCACCACCUUCUUCCACCACAUCAACCUGCAGUACAGCACCAUCUCCGAGUUUUGUACUGGAGACACAUGCCAGACCAUGGCCGCCUGCAACACACAGUACUGCUGGUAUGACGAACGAGGGAAGAAGGUCAAGUGCACGGCCCCGCAGUACGUGGACUUCGUCAUGAGCUCUGUACAGAAGCUCGUCACCGACGAGGACGUCUUCCCCACCAAGUACGGCCGCGAGUUCCCAGCGUCCUUCGAGGUCCUGGUGAAGAAGACCUGCAAACUCCUCUUCCACGUGCUGGCCCACAUCUACUCGUCCCAUUUCAAGGAGACGCUGGCCCUCGAGCUGCACGCCCACUUGAACACUCUGUACGUGCACUUCAUCCUCUUCGUCCGGGAAUUCAACCUGGUCGACUCCAAAGAGACCGCUGUCCUCGACGACCUCACGGGCCUUCUGUGCAGCAGUGCCAGCGGGGCACAGAACCACGUGAAGGAGAGAUGA